UUUUAGAUGUUUCAGAAACUUGCUGUGUGUCCAUCACCAGUUCUGCCAACCAGCUCCUCAAGAGGAGGCUUACCUAGUGUUUCAUUAGUCAAACGUACUAUUAUCUUGAACUAACUAUUCCCCUCCACAUGGCCUUCCUUCUGGUGUCAGCUUAUCUUCUGCUGACUCAUGCUCAGGGUGCUCCUGCUGAGAACGGGGCCCUGCUGGAAACGCUGAAGUCGCAAGUAGGAUUAUUCAGCAAUAAAAGCGAACACUAUUCUGCACAGGUGAGACCUCCUGGCACAAGCCGGCGAAUACCUCAGACAAUCAUAAUAGGAGUUCGUAAAGGAGGCACGAGGGCUUUGCUGGAAAUGCUGGAUAUUCAUCCUAAUAUUGUGGUGGCAGCUACAGAAGUCCACUUCUUUGACUGGGAUGAAAAUUACGUGAAAGGAAUAGACUGGUAUAGGAGUCUGAUGCCAUUUUCUUAUGGAAAUCAAAUUACAAUUGAGAAAACACCAGGCUAUUUCACAUCGCCACAGGCUCCAGAGAGAAUCCAUGACAUGAACAGCUCUAUUAAGCUGCUGCUCAUUCUGAGAGAUCCCACCGAGAGAGUUAUAUCUGACUAUACCCAAGUAUAUUACAACCGAGUAGAAAGCCACAAGCCUGUUCAGCUCUUUGAAGACAUUGUUAUUAAGAAUGGAGCACUUAAUACCAAAUACAAAGCUAUUCAGAGAAGUCUGUACGAUGUUCAUAUGGAAAAGUGGCUCAAGCAUUUCAAUUUGGAUCAGAUUCACAUAGUGGAUGGUAAUACUUUAAUCAAGGAUCCUCUUCCUGAGUUACAGAAAGUAGAAAAAUUUCUCAAUCUUCCUUCCCGAAUUAUGUCUUCUAAUUUUUAUUUUAAUCAAACCAAGGGAUUCUACUGCAUUAGAAGCGAUGGGAGAGAGAGGUGUUUACAUGAAUCCAAAGGGCGUCCCCAUCCCGUUGUCAACAAUACUGUUUUAGAGCAACUUUAUUCUUACUUUAGAGAGCACAAUGCAAAAUUUUACAGAAUGGUUAAUCAUUCUUUUGACUGGCAUUAAUGAAUUUGGAACAGGUGUUUCUUGAAAAGAGCCUGAGAGAAAUGCUUUCAAACACCUCUU